UAUCAUUGAGCUGAAUAUAUAUAAAAAUCAAGAAGUUUUAAUUGGGAUGUGUUCAUUGUCAUCAGUUAAAGUGGUUCAACAGGCCUUACUAGACUCUCCUCCCCCAACUUCCCUUUUUCCUUGUUGCCUUUUUUUUUUUUGCCUAUCAACAUUUACACAAUUUUAUUGGUAUGAGGAAGGUAGCAUCUAACACAGCCAACCUCAAGAAGUCUCGUCUUUGUUUAAAGUCGAUAACCACAGACAACAAGAGAGAUACGGCAAGCAAGUACGGACUGAAAGAUAUGUACUUCAAAACUGUACUUGUUUUCAUGGGAGCUGUUGGCAUCUAUGCACAACGAAUUCAUGAACUUUGUCACGCCCAUGGAUGCUUUGACUCAAGUAAUACUCAACUGUGUCUGACACUGGACGGUGAGGAAGUCUACCAUGCAGACUUUAAGAGAGGGGUAUUGCAUUGGGAGAGCAAAAUCCCAACAACUUUCCAUGUUCCGUACGCCUACAAAUAUGCAGUAUAUUACCAAUCUAUAUGCAGACGUGACAUGUACAAAUGGAAACAAGACAAGUCAGCUACAACAAAGACUAAACAAGCACCAGAGGCCAUCAUUUACCCAAAAGAUGAAGUGAUAAAGGAUGAGGAGAAUACUCUCAUCUGCUUCAUCAACCAUUUCUUCCCUCCCACCAUCAACAUAAAGUGGACCAAGAAUGAUAUAGAAGUAACAGUCAAAGACCUUUUUAUCAAAAGCAUACCAAAUCCUGAUGGGACGUUUCAUGUUUUUUCCACCUUGGACUUUGUCCCAGAUGAAGGAGACAUCUACGGCUGCACUGUGGAACACAAGGCACUGGAGGAACCUCAGACCAAGUUUUGGGAGGUUGAGAUAAAUGAGACGACUAUUGGUCCAGCUGUCUUCUGUGGACUUGGCCUGAGUCUUGGACUUCUUGGGUUUGCUGCAGGAACAUUCUUUUUUGUUAAAGGAAAACAUUAUCAGAGUAUCCUAGUGGGCUAGUGCUUAAAGCAUUCCAUGAUCAAAAUGUCCCUGGUUUGUUUCCAGCCAGGUCCUUUGUUGCAUGUCAUUCUCCUUUCUCGGUUCUAUUGUGUCCUGUCACUUCUCAGCUGUCCACUAUCAAUUAAAGGGGAAAAAACCCAACCUUUUUUUGAAUAACCACCUUAUAAUGAAGAUCAACAAUUUCUCAUCCACAUCAACUAGCAUAUCCUAUAAAGUCCUACAAGACCCCUAUUCUUAUAUUCUUGAGUCUACAGAAUAUACAGUAUUAACUUAUCUUGAUCAAAUCAUUAAAAGCUAAUUCUUAAUUACUUUUUGAUUACAUUCACAGUGAUCAUUUAAUUGCCUUGAUUUUAUGCCACAGUUUGACUGCUAUUAAUUAUAGACUAUAGCUAGAGAGAUUUGCAUUAAUGAGUAUGUUUUAGAAAAAAUCUAAUCCGUAACACCAACAAGCAGGCAUGGAAAAGUAUAACGUGACUUUGGUUGUUUCUUACAUGUCCAACAAGUCCAGUGUGUUGGAGUAUCUCAGGGCGCUUUCACACCUGUAGUUUGGUUUAUUUGGUCCAGACCAACGGAAAAAAGAAUACAUUGUUGUCUUUUAGUUGUGGGCCAGUUUGUGUUCACACUGACCCUUUACAAUAUAAUGUAAACAUUAAUUUAUACAUUGAUUGGACAGUUUUGGCGACUGACAUCCUGCAUCAUCAGCACUACAUGGACUGAUGAGGGGAAAUCAAAUUCUUUCGAUUUUUCCAAUUCCAGCACUCUAGCACUUAAACUCUUCUUACAUGUAUAUAUAUGUUCUCUGGGGUCAUGAAGAGCUCAUGAGGAAAUAAUUUAUGACCAUCAUCAGUUAGACCAUCAUUAGAUUGUAAACUGACUGCAUAUUAUGAAUAAUGACAAACAGGGAAAGACAGGACGAAAAAGAGUUAUCUUUUACAGCAAUAUUUCAGGGGGAUUAAUGUGGGAUAGACUUAAUGAACUGCCAGAAUACAGCACCAGUCGAAAGUGAAUGGAAGGUGUGUCCAGGGACAAUGUCUCGCACCCCUGGGUUUUAUGAAAAAAAAAAUCACAAUAAAGUCAUCCCAACUAUCCACUGUAAUGGACUUUAUUUUCACUGAACUGAAUAGACAUGCAAUUCAAGGAGUUUUAAUUGGUACGUGUUCAUUGUUAUCUUUAUGGUGCCUUACUCAUAUAAAAUGGUUCAACAAGCCUUACUGACUCUUCUCCUUGUCUUUUUUGCCUUGCCUAACAACAUUUACAUGACUUUAUAGAUAUGAGGAAGGUAGCAGCUAACACAGCCAAUGAAAAUAAUGAACAUACAGGGGGAGUUUUAACUCAGCAUAUGGUGGGUGUAUCCUCUGACUUUGUUGACAUACCAGUGUACCAUUAACUACUUCCGUGUAUCUGUGAACACAUAAAUGCUCCGCAUCAGAGAAACUAUGUUGGUGUAGUUUCCUUCUCAUGUUAGAACAUGUACAUUCAUAAUUUUCUUUUUUGUGUGGGUUUCUCUCUUUUCUGUCCAGGUAAGUUGCAUCACUCUUCUACUUAAAUGCAUCAGUGAAAUGUCAGGUUGUAGUGAUUAUUAUAGUAGUUAAUAUGACAUAAUACGUUUCUCUCCUAUGUUACAGUUUUCCCAGAUGAAGAUUAUUUACAGUACAGAGGAUGUUGUAAAUUCAAGGGU